CUACGUUUUGAUCGUUUUUUUGGACUCGACCUUCUUCUAUGUCUUGAUCGGGACUAGUUACCAACUCGGAUAUUUAUUUUUAGCGGCUAAAAGAAUUGUGAUUUCUAUUUAUUCAUUGCAACGUCCGACCCAAACGACUUCCGGCAGACCAUGCAAGUAAUUCUAAUAGGAAUUAUGGCUUCCGAGAACGAAUUACCCAACUCUCUAUACUCUUUUUCCACAUUAGAAAUGAUCUCAACCAGGGACUAUAUCUUAUAUAUUUUCAUGUGCUGCAAUAGACGCUUCUUCAUCAAUGCCUCGGUUGAAAAGCUUGAAGGCGAAGGUAAUCUGGCAGAUACGCUGAGACGAUUUUGCGAGACUAUCGAUGAUGAGGACGCCAUGAUUGAGUUCGAAGAUUGGAUUUACGAUGCGCUCCUUGAACAUCUGAAAGUGUUAAUCCCCCCCGCUUCAGUAUCCUUCAAACCAGCACACCUGCUCGAAUAUUUUAAGCCUGCGACAUUCUUCUUCGAGUUGACCAACAACAGAGGCACUGUCCAACCGGUUCAGUUGGCCUUCAAUCCGACUAUUCACAAGGACCCCAGUCCCCGCAUCGCUAUUGUAGAUGUCAAAAUUGAACCCAACUUUGUGGAUAUCUGGCCUGAAGAUGUGAACACAAAUUCUAUUCUUCGGUCUACUCUCCCUAAGUUACCUGUUUUCCUGGCAUCACAACUUACGAGAGCUGAUAAACCGGGAUCAAUAGAGGACGAAAUGUCUCUGCAGCCAAAAUUAGUCCGCUGUAUCAACACCAACGAGGUCUUCUUCUUCAAAGCAGACAGCGACGGACCUAGUGUUUCAAGGGAGCUCGAUUGCCUGACGAAACUUCAGAGUAUUUCCGACGACCAGCUAAGAUCACGCACUUCAAAACUUGUUGGCCUGGUUAAAUGGGAUGACGAAGACAGUCUCCUAGGGUUCCUCAUUGACCCAAUAGAGGGCUGUAUGCUAUACGAAGCUGCGUUUGAGGCGUCGAAGAUCGAUAGGCUGAGAUGGAUAAGCCAGGUAGAGGAAACGGUGCACAGGCUUCACGCAUAUGGAAUUGUUUGGGGCGAUGCUCAGCUCAAAAAUGUCAUGGUCAACUUGGCGGGGGAUGCAAUUGUGGUCGACUAUGGUGGCGGGUUUGCCCCUGAGUAUCUCAACCCUGAUCUGCAAAACACCAAGGAGGGAGAUUUAAUAGCUCUGGGAAAGAUGAAGGCUGAGUUGCUGGAGGAUUUAUAGAGAACAAGCUAUACCUUUUAGGUAGAGAAUGUUGGGAAGUGAUUAUUUUAGCGGGAAUCGUUGAUUUAAAUUCGUAUUAAUAUAACCGGCCAUUGCGCCAAAAUACAUACUGCACGCUGCAU